UCGGCUUCCGUCGCCGCGCGGCACGUGACAGGGGAACACGGAAGUGUUGGCACAGAAACACGGAAGUGCUGCACAGAACAGACGCACGGGCCCAGGCUGCUGGUUGUUGUCGCUCCGCAGCUUCACCGCGGCUCACUGACACGAUCACGGACCUGAUGUCUCUCACCUGAGGACGGAGACACUUCUGUGCUUUGUCACUCGGUGAAUUAAAAAUGGCGUCGGCGGCGUCACUCUCCUUGCUCCUCAGCUGCGUCACUUUGAGCUGCGCAGCCGAAUUUAACAGGAAACCGAACAUUGUUUUAAUCCUCACAGAUGAUCUGGACGUCGCCAUCGGGGGUUUGAGUCCACUCAAGAAGACGAAAAAACUUAUUGGAGAUGCAGGGAUUUCAUUCUCUAACGCAUUCGUUGCCAGCCCGCUGUGCUGCCCGAGCCGAGCCAGCAUCCUGACGGGGAAAUACCCGCACAACCACCACGUCAUCAACAACACGUUAGAGGGAAACUGCAGCAGCACGGUCUGGCAGAAGAGCGAGGAGGGGCAAACCUUCCCUGCUUUGCUGAAAAACUUCGCCGGGUAUCAAACCUUCUUCGCUGGGAAAUACCUCAACCAGUAUGGGCACUCAGAGGCUGGUGGGGUGGAGCAUGUUCCUCCAGGCUGGAGCUACUGGGUCGGACUGGAGAAAAACUCUAAAUAUUACAACUACACACUGUCGGUGAACGGGAAGGCUCAGAAACACGGGGCGGACUACAGCAAAGACUACCUGACAGACGUACUGGCCAACAUGUCUCUGGACUUCCUCCAGUAUAAAUCCAGCUACCAGCCGUUCUUCAUGAUGGUGUCCACGCCGGCCCCCCACUCACCCUGGACAGCGGCCCCUCAGUACCAGAGCAGCUUCAACACCACCAAGGCUCCCAGAGACCCCAACUUCAACGUCCACGGGAAGGACAAACACUGGCUGAUCCGACAGGCAAAAACCCCCAUGUCCAACUCCUCUGUUCAGUUUCUGGAUGAUGCCUUCAGGAAACGGUGGCGAACGCUGCUCUCAGUGGACGACCUGGUGGAGAAAAUAGUGAAGAGGUUGGAGGUCAGAGGUGAACUGGACAACACCUACAUCUUCUUUACCUCUGACAACGGGUAUCACACUGGUCAGUUCUCUCUUCCUCUGGAUAAGAGGCAGCUCUACGAGUUUGACAUCAAGGUUCCUCUCAUGGUCCGAGGACCGAACAUCAAACCCAACCAGACCACCCAGAUGCCGGUGGCGAAUGUUGACCUGGGUCCGACCAUCCUGGACAUCGCCGGCUACAACAUCAACAAGACACAGAUGGAUGGCAUGUCCUUCCUGCCCGUUAUGGAGGGGAAGGUGAACAGCAGCAGCUGGAGAACAGACGUCCUGGUGGAGUAUGAAGGCGAAGGAAGCAACGUGUCCGACCCCGCCUGUCCUUUACUGGGACCCGGCGUCUCGGAGUGUUUUCCAGACUGUGUGUGUGAGGACUCGUACAACAACACCUACGCCUGUGUGCGAACUGUCGCCCCCUCUGCCAACCUGCAGUACUGCGAGUUUGAUGACAACCAGGUGUUCGUAGAGGUCUACAACGUCACAGCUGACCCCUACCAGCUGACCAAUAUCGUAGGUUCUAUCGGCAAGGACUUCCUGGAGAAGAUGAACCACCGGCUGAUGAUGCUGCAGUCCUGCUCCGGGCAGACAUGUCGGACACCCGGUGUGUACGAUCCAAGGUAUAAAUUUGACCCUCGACAGAUGUUCACUAGUCACAGCUGGCGGCUCAACAGAUUGAGACAGAAGAUGAAGUAAGAAGAGCGGAGGAAGGAGGGCUGUUUGUGGUUAACGGCCGCUCCGGUUGUUGUUGCCUAGUUUUUCGGGGCCUCCUGAGCCAGUCGCUUUUGAAGAUGGAUGGUGAAGGGAUCCUACGGUUUGGUAUCGGCAGAUUACCAUGAGGACGUGGGCCUGUGAGUGCAAGACCCACUUUUUUUAAAGCUCUCAGAUUGGGCUCCUGUUUAGUGAGUCUGUGAGUAGGUGUGCAGAACGACCAAAUUGUUAUUACAGGCUGAUUUAAUUUGAUUCAUAAACAGGCCCUAUAUUUUCUCGUGAAACUUUGCUUUUAUUUCCUGAAAAUUAUCUGGUAUUUUGCAGUGUUUAUUUGUGAUUUUGGACGUUGUUUUGUUUAAUCGACUUUUUCGAAGUCGUGCUGUUUUUUUGGAAAAUCUUAAAACGUCAUUACUUCCGAAAUCUCGAAAAUACGACAUGACUUCCGAAAUCAUGACAUAGUAAGGUAUGACUUGCGAAAUCACACAGAAAAACGACAUGACUUCCGAAAUCACGAAAAAACGACAUGACUUCCAAAAUCAGGAAAAAACGACAUGACUUCCGAAAUCACGAAAAAA